AUGGCUACAGAGAGACCGCGUCCAGUGCUGCAGAACGAGCUAGUCGUAGCGCACGAUGAUCGCCACAGCUACAUGCAGCGCAUGCACUCGCUGGCCGGUCCAGGAGCGUAUAAGAUCCCGUCGACUUUCCAACACCGGACACCAAACCUACUGCUGCGUAUGGUGCAGCGCGAGAAUUACGGUCGAGAGUUUGCCAGACAAAAUCGGAUCACGGCAACAAGUGCAGACACAGCAGAGUCGCCACCCACUGCGCCGUGCCAGCUCACCCUCGCUAACACGCAUCGAGCUCGCCGCGAGCAGCUUCGCAAAACGCUGCAGGCGGAUCGUUGGUGUCAGGACGAUAACGUAACUUCGCCAUCGCCGUCGAAAAGCGGCCAUCGCGCCAGCAGAGAAUCGAGCCCGAGAGCAACAUCGCCGAACGACCGGGCGCAACGAUCGCCAUCGCCAAGCUCGCGCGCCAGCUCCCCGGGUCGGCUGCGCUGGACAUCAGCAGAUCUUGCAGACAUCGUGGCGGAUUUCGGUGAGCCCGCAGAGAUGGACGAGCUGCUUAGCGAAGACGCUCCCCGCAUGCAGCAGAAGCAGCUUUGCACAUUCAGCGCGCCGCUGACGUACCAGCAGUACCUCGUGAGCACGAGCUAUCUGGAGCGGCUCAAGAAGCACCAGCAGCACCGGCGGCGGCAGCGCGCGGCCAGCCAAUAGCUGAGGAAUGCUUCUCGAAAGGCGUCGACAUGUGCAUCGCGACGCAAUAAUCGGAUGGAUUGGACGGAGUGCGCCCGGCGAUACAGAAGGUAAACAGCAAGUUGAAGCUGGCUCGAGAUUGACUCGCAGUGGCUUUGCGUCAUGGCCCUGAUUUCGACGGUGCACGGCCGCGUCACACCCUGUGACGCGGCCGUGGCAGGCAGGAGCCCUGAACGCCCUGCACCUUGUUGCUUGAUGAUCAAGUUGAUCUGCAACGCCGCCAGAGCACAGCGGUCCUGUCCUCAAAGCGCCCAUCCGUGACGUAUGCCUCAGAACCUGUCGUACAGAAUAAUAACCAAACCGCAGUACACAAGAACUUCAAACCAUGUUGUGCCGUACUUUAUCCAAUUAAUGCACUGAUAUUCGGUAG